AGAAGCAGAAGUGGUCAUGUUUUUCCACAUGCAAAAACCACCACCUAAACACACACACACACUCUAGAUGAGAGAGAGAGAAGUUUAGCAAUGGCGUGGGAGAUGAUACAACAGGAAUAUGAUGAGGAAAGACUCUUAAGAAGAGGUGGAAUAUGAUGUCGGAUGUUGGUAGGUUGAAGAUGGCACGCAGGAAAGAUAGCAGGAAGUAUGCCUUUGCAUGCGCCACCUUUGCUUCUCUCAACUCUGUCCUCCUUGGUUAUGAUGUGGGUGUUAUGAGUGGAGCUAUCCUUUUCAUUCAGAAAGAUCUACACAUAAAUGAAGUACAGCAAGAAGUGCUGGUUGGAUGCUUGAGCGUUGUUUCGCUUUUAGGUAGUCUAGUUGGCGGUAGAACAUCCGAUGUCAUUGGUAGGAAAUGGACUAUGGGUCUUGCUGCAAUUGUCUUUCAGACUGGUGCUGCCGUCAUGGUUUUUGCCCCUUCUUUCGCAAUACUGAUGUUAGGCAGGCUUUUAACUGGAAUUGGGAUUGGUUUCGGCCUCAUGAUAGCAGCGGUUUACAUCGCAGAGAUAUCCCCAGCUGCUGCUAGAGGAACUCUUACCUCAUUCCUUGAAAUCUCCAUAAACAUUGGCAUCCUUCUUGGUUAUGUCUCAAACUAUGCCUUCUCUAGCCUUUCAUACCAUAUAAAUUGGAGAAUUAUGCUCGGUGUUGGCAUCAUCCCUUCAGUGUUCAUUGCCUUUGCAUUGUUUGUGAUACCGGAAUCACCAAGAUGGUUAAUAAUGAAGAACAGAGUAGAUGAAGCUAGAUCAGUGCUUUUAAAGAUUAAUGGAGAUGAGGCUGAGGCUAAUAAGAAGCUAGCUGAGAUCGAGGAAGCUGCUGGAGUUUUAAAUGCAGAAAAUAAUAAUGAAAACAAAGAAGUAUGGUGGGAAAUCUUGAGACCUUCUCCUUCUUUGCGCAGAAUGCUAAUAGCAGGUUGUGGCAUACAAUUCUUCCAGCAAAUCACAGGGAUAGAUGCCACAGUGUACUAUAGUCCUACUAUAUUUAAAGAUGCGGGAAUCAAGUCCUAUAAAGAACUCCUUGCUGCAACUGUUGGUGUUGGCUUCACAAAGACAAUGUUCAUCUUGGUAGCAAUACUUCUGGUCGAUAAAGUUGGAAGAAAACCGCUGCUUUAUGUGAGCACAAUUGGGAUGACUACAUGUUUGUUCAUUUUAGGCUUAUCUCUGACUUUGAUGCAUGGGUCAGGAUUGAUUUCACCAAAGGUGGGGAUUGGAAUUGCAAUUCUAGCAGUUUGUGGCAAUGUAGCAUUCUUUUCUGUUGGCAUUGGUCCGAUGUGUUGGGUUCUGAGUUCGGAGAUUUAUCCACUCAGAUAUCGAGCUCAGGCGUCGGCAUUAGGAGCAGUUGGAAGUAGAGUGAGUAGUGGCCUCAUUUCUAUGUCAUUCCUCUCUUUAUCACACGCCAUAACUGUUGGUGGCACGUUCUUCAUCUUUUCUGCAAUUUCUGCUAUAUCUGUUGUGUUUGUGUAUUGUUGUGUUCCUGAAACAAAAGGGAAGUCUUUAGAGGAAAUUCAGAUGCUGUUCCAAAAAGAGAGAGAAGUGCAGAGAGGUGAAGUUGAGCUUUCAAAUGCCGAGCAUUUGGUGCAGAACAAGUAGUUGUUUAAAGAGUAGUAAUUGUAAUAACAUCCAUUAUUCUGCAAAGCAAAAGUUGGCAGGCAUUAUUAUCGUGUGUGAUUAUAUUAUAUAUGAAAAUUUCAAAUCAGUUAUCUUCUGAUUAUUUCCA